CGGCUGCGCCCCGCGGCGGCCGGACUCUCAGAGGCCCGGAAACUCCUGGGGCUGGCUUACCCAGAGCGCCGGAGGCUAGCAGCUGCGGUUGGAUUUCUGGCCAUGUCCAGUGUCAUCACUAUGUCCGCCCCUUUCUUCUUGGGGAAGAUCAUUGAUGUCAUCUAUACCAACCCCACUGUGGACUACAGCACCAACCUGACCCGCCUCUGCCUUGGGCUCAGCGGCGUGUUUCUGUGUGGUGCUGCUGCCAACGCCAUCCGUGUCUACCUCAUGCAAACUUCAGGUCAGCGCAUUGUGAAUAGGUUGAGAACUUCAUUAUUCUCCUCCAUUCUGAGGCAGGAAGUUGCUUUCUUUGACAAGACCCGCACAGGAGAAUUGAUUAACCGCCUCUCCUCGGACACAGCACUUCUGGGGCGCUCAGUGACUGAAAACCUCUCAGAUGGGCUCAGGGCUGGGGCCCAGGCUGCCGUGGGGAUCAGUAUGAUGUUUUUUGUCUCACCUAAUCUGGCCACCUUUGUUUUGAGCGUGGUGCCUCCAAUGUCCAUCAUUGCUGUGAUUUAUGGACGAUAUCUACAGAAACUGACCAAAGUCACACAGGAUUCCCUGGCUCAAGCCACUCAGCUAGCUGAGGAACGUAUUGGAAAUGUGAGAACUGUUCGAGCUUUUGGGAAAGAAAUGACUGAAAUGGAGAAAUAUGCCAGCAAGGUGGACUUUGUGAUGCAGUUAGCCAGGAAAGAGGCGUUCGCUCGGGCUGGCUUCUUUGGAGCAGUAAGUCUGAGCUCUUUCUACUCGGAGCUGAUGAAAGGACUGGGCGCAGGGGGGCGCCUUUGGGAGCUCCUGGAGAGAGAGCCCAAGAUGCCUUUUAAUGAGGGGGUCAUCUUAAAUGAGAAGAGCUUCCAGGGAGCUUUGGAGUUUAAGAAUGUGCAUUUUGCCUACCCAGCUCGCCCAGGGGCACCCAUAUUUCAGGAUUUCAGCCUUUCUAUCCCAUCAGGAUCUGUCACAGCGCUGGUUGGCUCCAGUGGUUCUGGCAAAUCAACAGUGGUUUCUCUCCUUCUGCGGCUGUAUGACCCCGUUUCUGGAACAAUCAGUCUUGAUGGCCAUGACAUCCGUCAGCUAAAUCCAGUCUGGCUGAGAUCCAAGAUUGGGACAGUGAGUCAGGAGCCCAUUUUAUUUUCUUGCUCUAUUGCUGAGAACAUCGCUUAUGGUGCUGACGACCCUUCCUCGGUGACCGCUGAGCAGGUGGGGAGAGUGGCUGAGGUGGCCAACGCGGACGCUUUCAUUAGGAACUUCCCUCAGGGGUUCAGCACUGUGGUCGGAGAAAAGGGCGUUCUGCUCUCAGGUGGGCAGAAACAGCGGAUUGCAAUUGCCCGUGCUCUGCUUAAGAAUCCCAAAAUUCUUCUCCUAGACGAAGCAACCAGUGCGCUGGAUGCCGAAAACGAGUACCUUGUACAGGAAGCUCUGGAUCGACUGAUGGAAGGAAGAACAGUGUUAGUUAUCGCCCAUCGGCUGUCCACCAUUAAGAAUGCUAAUAUGGUUGCUGUUCUUGACCAAGGAAAAAUUACCGAGUAUGGGAAACACGAAGAACUGCUGUCAAAACCAGAUGGGAUGUACAGAAAACUAAUGAACAAACAAAGUUUUAUUUCAGCAUAAAGAAGCAAUUACUGGUAAAUUGAAUAUGAGAGACUUUAAAGCAAAACAGUGCUUUUGCGGAAGGAAAAAGAGACUGUACGAAAUCUAUAAAUCAUAUAUCAAGUUAUUUGAAAUAUGCCUAUUUUUCCAAAGUGUGUAAAAUAUUGUUUUGAAAUGUACCUGUUCACAAGAACUUUUUAUUCAGAGUUUUAAUAAUUGUAACUUUCUAAAUGUCUAUAGCACUGAAGUUAUUUUCAGGUUUUAUACUUUUAUCUUGGAAUAUUUUAAUUAAUAUAGCAUGGCACUUCAUUUUCUUUUGCCUGCUGUUAAAGAUUGAAGCUAUUGUCAAAUGACAACUUUUAAAAGGGAAUUAUAAAUAAAAGGCCUAAUUAUUUUA